AAAUAAUCCCCUGUCCGAGGACGUGCACGCGAAAGCGACGGUCCGUGUUCUCUGCCAGCGCAUCCAACUUCUUCCGGAUCCCCAAACGCUGCUUUUGUCAACUCCACUUCUCUCCACCGCCGCCGCAUCACCUCCUCCGUGCUGCCGUCCUUAGCUCUGCCGUCCAGAGGCUGCCGCCAUGGAUGAGGAGUACGAUGUGAUCGUGCUGGGCACAGGGCUGAAGGAGUGCAUCCUCAGCGGCCUCCUCUCCGUCGACGGCCUCAAGGUGUUACAUAUGGAUAGAAAUGACUACUACGGCGGUGAUUCCACUUCGCUCAACCUUAACCAGCUCUGGAAGAGGUUUAGAGGGGAAGAUAAGCCCCCGGCACAUCUAGGCGCAAGCAGAGAUUACAAUGUAGACAUGGUUCCAAAGUUUAUGAUGGCAAAUGGGACACUGGUUCGAACCCUCAUUCACACUGAUGUAACCAAGUAUUUAUCAUUCAAAGCUGUUGAUGGGAGCUUCGUCUUCAGCAAAGGGAAGAUUUACAAGGUUCCUGCGACUGACAUGGAGGCUCUGAAGUCUCCUUUGAUGGGCCUUUUGGAGAAACGCAGAGCAAGGAAUUUCUUCAUUUAUGUCCAAGAUUACAAUGAAGCUGAUCCAAAAACACAUAAGGGAUUGGACCUUACGGUGCUGACAACUAAAGAAUUGAUAACAAAACAUGGUUUAAGUGAUGAUACAGUGGAUUUCAUCGGCCAUGCGCUUGCUCUACAUAGGGACGAUCGUCACCUCAAUGAACCAGCACUUGAUACUGUGAAAAGGAUGAAAUUAUAUUCUGAGUCUCUUGCCCGUUUUCAAGGGUUAUCGCCAUACAUUUAUCCACUAUAUGGGCUGGGUGAGCUGCCACAGGCUUUUGCACGUCUAAGUGCUGUUUAUGGUGGUACUUACAUGUUAAAUAAGCCUGAGUGCAAGGUUGAGUUCGAUAUGGAAGGAAAAGUGUGUGGUGUUACAUCAGAAGGUGAAACUGCAAAAUGCAAAAAAGUUGUCUGUGAUCCUUCAUACUUGACCAACAAGGUCAGGAAGAUCGGCAAAGUUGCACGCGCAAUUGCUAUUAUGAGCCAUCCAAUCCCAAAUACAGAUGCCCACUCAGUCCAGAUUAUUUUGCCACAGAAACAACUUGGACGCAAGUCAGAUAUGUACAUCUUCUGUUGCUCAUACACUCACAACGUCGCACCAAAAGGGAAGUUCAUUGCAUUUGUUUCUACAGAAGCAGAGAGUGAUGAUAUACGGUCCGAGUUGAUGCCUGGAGUUGAUCUACUUGGUCCAAUAGACGAGCUAUUUUUUGAUAUGUAUGACAGAUAUGAACCAGUGAACGAACCAUCUCUUGAUAAUUGCUUCAUCUCUACGAGCUACGAUGCUACCACACAUUUUGAGACAACUGUGACAGACGUUCUUAACAUGUACACGAUGAUCACCGGAAAGACUGUUGAUCUUAGCGUCGACUUGAGUGCUGCUAGUGCUGCUGAAGAAUACUAGAUUGUAUAUAUCAGGUCACUUCACUUGUCGAGAAACACUCUUCCUUGGGGCACACCGCAGGACAAACCAUAAAAAAUGGUCUAUAUUUGGUGCAGCAGUAUGAAAAAAAAUGUCUGAUUCAAGAUGAUUGGACUAUUGUGAUUUACUAGUUCAGUAAUCAGACGAAUGGUGCAAAAAGUGGGCAUGGUCGCCAUGAACUUCAUGGUUCUAUGUAUGUGCAUAUCACAACUUUACUUUUACACCAGUUCCUGUAAUCAGCCAAAAGAUGCAAGAGUGGGCAGGGUCGCCAUGAACUUCCUGAUUCUAUUUAUUUAUAAUUUUGCCGA